AUGGCGAAUGCUACUACCACCACCACCACCAACGGCCACUCGGCCUCCACGCCUGAGAUCAUUCUUUAUACGAACUACUCGUGUCCUUGGGCUCAUCGUGCACACGUUGUCCUCCGAGAGCUCGGCCUGCCUUACAAGGAGGAGAUUAUCGAUUUGGACCGGCCUCGCGAUCCGUGGUAUUUGAAGGUCAAUCCUCGCGGUCUAGUUCCAAGCAUCAACUACAACGGCGAAAUCAUCACCGAGUCGGCCAUCGUCGCGGGAUUCCUGGCCGACGCACACCCGUCACACCUCAUCCCUCCAUCAUCGACCGACCCUCUCCACCGUGCCCGUCUCGCCUUCUUCGUCGACACCUUCUUCACCAAGGCCAUCCCGAAAUUCUUCGCGACGCAACGAGCCGAGGGCGCCGCCGCCAAGGAGGCCGCCGCGGAAGAAUUCGCCGAGAUUCUGGCAAAGGAACAAGAACCUCUUUUCACCUGGGACGUGGACUCGAGUGCACCCUUCUUCGGAGGGAGCGAGAGGCUCACUCUCGCAGAGGCACUCACGGCACCAUUUGUUCUCCGCCUCAUCGCUCUGAGCAAGCCUGAAUACGACCUCGUGACCCCCAAGAUCGUCUCGAUCCUCGAGUCGAAAACCCCCAAGUUCGCCGCUUGGGCCCAGAAGGUCGUCAAGGAGGAAAGCGUCACUUACAUCUUCGACGAGAAGAGCAUCGCUGAGCGGACCAAGGCGAGGUUUGCCAAGUUGGCUGCCGCCGAGAAGAAGCUCUAA